UAUUUUUAAGUAACAGUUUAAAUAUAUAGUGACUUCCAUCUUUCCAGAAACCAGAAGCCAAGAGCUGAUGUUAACGACCAGGUCUUAAUAACGAGUACAACUGGUUACGUAACUUCAGUUGUUUGCUGCGUUAAAAUAAAUCUCGUGACUAAGAGAAAUAAUUUAAGUCAUUCAAAUUUUUCUCGGACGUUUAUGUUAUUCUACUAUACAAACAAAUAGCACAGUUUGAUUAAUUUAUUAUUUACUUGUUAUAUAAAGUAUAUAACUUGCAUGUUUGAACAGUAGUCAUUCGCAGCUUUUCAAACCUCAGUCGUUUGCUUGAUAUGGUAAAAACCACCGUUUGGCCUGAGUGUGGGCCGAAAAGGCAUUUGUCUGCUCAUCUUGGCUACAGACUUCUGUUUCUGGUUACUGUCCCUACGGUCUACUGCCUCAUAGCAGCCGGUGGAAGAGUAAUUGAGCAUCAGAACUUCCAGAAGCAACAUACAGUUCGCCAGUUACUAUGGCACUUCGAAGACAUCACUGCAGAAGGUGCCCAGAACUGCACCCCCCCAUCUGUAUCAGAUUUCCCACCAGAUCUAUUCACCCCAGAGCAGCGUCGGGCAGGGGCAGUGGUCAUUCAUGCAUUCGUCUGUUGCUACCUUUUUGCAAUGCUGGCACUGAUUUGCGAUGACUACUUCGUUCCCUGUAUCCAGGAAAUGUGUGAACGUUUGAAUAUGUCUGAAGAUGUGGCUGGCGCCACAUUCAUGGCAGCAGCAGUGUCAUGCCCUGAGCUCUUUAUCAAUGUAGUGGGCACAUUCAUCACAGAAGGAGACAUUGGUGUGGGCACUAUUGUUGGGAGUGCUGUUUUCAAUGUACUUGCUGUGCCAGCUUGCUGUGGGCUCUUUGCUACGCAGGUGAAACUGAACUGGAAGUCAUUAUCCCGAGAUUGUGGAAUAUACAGUCUCACUGUCAUAGCCCUGAUCACAGUGCUAUUGGAUGGCCGUGUGGAGUGGUAUGAAGCACUCAGUCUUGUGCUGCUUUACACUUUCUACAUUCUAGUAAUGUACUACAAUGCUGAAAUUGGACAAUGGUUAAGUGGAUGCUACUGCAAACACCAUCAUCCUUACAAACAAAUACCUGGUCAUGCCAUCUCUUCAGAGAAAAAACCCUUGAUUACACAGAAUGUGCAUGGGAGCAAGCUCAUUAAAUUUGAAGUCAAUGGCCAACUACAAGAGAAUGGGUAUGCAAAAUAUAAUGGGGAUUUAAAAGACAUGGAGAGUAAUGCUUUUAUCAUUGAAGAGAACAUCCCAGAAGUUAAAACUGGGUUAUGCCAUUGGCCAUCGAAAGGAAGCUGCAGCAGUAAAUUGUGUUGGCUGCUUAUUAGACCAAUAGCCAUAGUGCUGGCUGCAACAAUCCCUGACUGUCGUUCAGAAUUGUGUAAGAGAUUCUACAUGGUGACUUUCUUAAUGUGUGUUGUGUGGAUUGGUGCAGCUUCAUAUCUGGUUGCAUGGAUGAUAACCAUUGUAGGAGAAACUCUGAAAAUUCCAGAUUCUGUGAUGGGUCUUACAUUCUUGGCUGCAGGCAUGAGCAUACCAGAAGCUGUUUCAAGUGUGAUUGUAGCUAACAAAGGUCAUGGAAGUAUGGGAAUCAGUAAUUCUAUUGGUUCUAACACAUUUGAUAUUUUACUGUGUCUUGGACUGCCUUGGCUGAUCAAGUGUACUUUCUUACCUGCAACUGAAGGCAACCAUUAUGUACAGAUAAAUUCUGGUGGCAUGGGAUACAGCGCCAUUUUACUCUUUUCUUCAUUGCUUGUUCUCUAUCUUACUUUCUUAUUCAACGAUUUCAAACUAGACAAGAAAGUGGGAACAAUUUUUCUUGUCGUCUAUGUUGUAUUUCUUAUUAUGGCAGCCCUCUUAGAAUUGAACACAUUUUUCCCAGUGAAUCUCCCGGUGUGUGGACAGGGAUAUUAAUUUAAACACUUCA